AAAUAUCAGACGGGAUUGGUUGACCAAGGGAAACUAAACGAUCACGCCAUCGCGCAGUCGCAGAAAAUGUCAAUGGCGACAUCUCGAAAGAGCAGAAUAAAAUGUGGUAGCGGGGCGAAAACAUGACUAUGUCUCCUUCUGGGCCUGUAGUUAGUUCGUCAUUCGUUCGCUGCAGAUGCCGAACUUGAGACGAGGCCGAAGGUCCAAACCAAAAGUCUUGAAAGCAAAAACUUAUUUCUACUAGUAAUGCUCCUCCGCCGACUUCGUCGCUGAACUUCGUGACGAUGUCUUUUCUCUUUCGUAAGGCGGACUCAUCCUCUGCUGCUCCUUCAUCGACCCUGGGAUCAGAGAUGGACUCACAGAAUAUUCAGAUUCGCACGCCUGAAGAGGCCGUGGCGAGGAUCGCCUACCUGGCAAGCGAUAUAAUUGUAUCGGUCCAGUCAUCAAAGGAACAAGAAUCUGCUUUCUCCUCACAUCUGAAACGAUAUGCUGGCAGAAAGGAUCAGGGUCUGGUCGCAAGGACCGCUGGUGCAGUUCCAGAGAUCCAAACUGUUAGAUACAACACAGACCCCCUCCUGUCUGUAUUCACACCGAUUCGAUCCGGCCAACUUGUAUCAGUGACCACUGACUCGACCAUCUUAUUACCAUCCGUUGCACAUCUUUACAAGCUUGCGAACUACCCCGUCGUUCUUCAUGUUUCUCUGCGCCCCGCCCAGUCACCCGAUUACUCGGCCAUUACCGCCAUCAGGAAUUCGGGAUGGACAUUCCUUCAGUCUGAGUCGCUACAGGAGGCCCAGGACAUGGCUGUGACGGCACAUGCCUUGGCCAUCCAGUCAGGCAAAGGUGUCAUUCAUUUCUUUGAUGCGGGAUCCAGCUCGCGGGACACCCCAAUUGGCCCCGAGGAUGCUUCAGCAGUGCUGGAUAUCCUGAACUUGGGCGAUGUACGCCGCUUCCAGGCCGCCUCUGUUCAGAGCUCCAGCAUCUACGCCGAUGACGGAAGAGUCGCUGUGGUUCAUGACCAGCCUGAGCCUGCCACCAACCGCACAUCCGACUUGGCAGACUCUACAGUGUUGGAAGCUGCCUCAAAGGCAACCUCCACAGACGUUUCAGACAAGUCAAGUUCUCCCAGUGACUCGGCUGGUCCCCCGAGCGUGUCAUCGGCAACCACCAUUGAAGCCAACCCACCAGUUGUCACCUCCGAGGAAAUCUACAAGUACGUUACUGGAAUCUGGGCGCAGCUCAAGGAUCUGACACAGCGGGAGUACAAUGCUUUCGAGUGGUCAGGUCCUCAAACGGCUGACAAGGCCAUUUUCGUCUUCGGAUCAGAUGCUGGUCUCUUUGCAGAGGCUCUCGACUCGGCUUCCUCGACGGAUAUCUAUGCAAAGUCAGGAAUGAUUACCGCAAGGCUCUACCGGCCAUGGCUUGGUGCCAAGCUCAUCGAGGCCAUUCCCAAGUCGGUCACAAGGAUAGCUGUUCUGGAACAAGUCUCUCGAAAAACGACAAAAUGGGGCCCUCUUUUGAUCGAUGUGCUGACAUCAGUCAAGAGUGGAUUUGGUGGUGUUGAGCACAUUGUUGGAUACCAACUGGGAUACAUUGCACCUGAAACUGUCUCGCAAGCACUGAGGGGCGUUUUCCAGAACCUCACUUCACCUAAGCCCCUUCAGAACUUGGAGGUGGGCAACCGUGAGGCGCCUGAGGCAAGCUUGGGCUUAGACCAGCCUAAGCUUGAGACUGCUUACACUAAGAUCCUCGACCAGUUAUUCGGUAACAGAGUCUACGUCGCCAACGCUUUGAACUCGAAGAACGCAGGUAUCUCGGCGACCGUUUCAGCCAGUCCCGAGUUCGGCUUUGGAUCGCUCUUGGCCCGCAAGGAGCAUCGACAGAGAUUCAUCAAGGAAGUUAAGGAUGCUGCUAUCUCUAAGGAUUUCAUUACAGAAGCCCCUAAGGAGUGGUUAGCUAAGUGGUCCGCGACCGCCGAAGAUGCUCAGAAGGCCAGCGACUUGGCCGACGAUGUUGUCGCUCGUCUCGAGACUGACGGAUCGUCUGUUGCCCGCAAGCUGCUUUCCAGCAAGGGCCUCUUCCGAAAGGAGUCCCUCUGGUUGGUUGGCUCAGAUGCAUGGUCGUAUGACUUGGGUAACUCCGGUGUGCACCAUGUGCUAGCCUCUGGCGAGAACGUCAACAUGCUGAUCAUCGACUCAACACCCUACUCGGAGAAAUCAGCAGCUGAUGCUGCCCGUCGCAAGAAGGACAUUGGUUUGUACGCUAUGAACUUUGGUAAUGCCUAUGUCGCUUCGACUGCCGUCUACAGCUCCUACACUCAGGUUUUGCAGGCUAUGCUCGAGGCUGACAAGUUCAAUGGCCCUUCAAUCGUUUUGGCAUACCUGCCAUACUUUGGCGAGCACGAUUCUCCGCUUACCGUUUUGCAAGAGACCAAGAAGGCCGUCGAUGCCGGCUACUGGCCUUUGUAUCGAUGGAAUCCCGAGAACGAUACCAAGGGCGAGCCUAACUUCUCCUUGGAUUCAGAGCUAGUGAAGAAAGAGCUGAAGGAGUUCUUGGCUAGGGACAACCACCUGACCCAGCUGAUGCGCCGGGAACCACAAUUCGCUGCCAGUCUUGCACAAGACUUUGGCACGGAGGUUCGCGCCCAGCAAAAGCGCAAGGCUAAGGAUGCGUACAAUGAGUUGCUGGAGGGACUCUUCGGUGCUCCACUCACUAUUUUGUUCGCUUCCGACAACGGCAAUGCCCAAAACUUGGCUAAGAGACUGGGCACGAGAGGUCGGGCUAGAGGUUUGAAGACGACCGUCAUGGCUAUGGAGGAUUACCCUGUCGAGGACCUUCCUUCUGAGGAGAAUAUUGUCUUUAUUACUGCAACGGCAGGCCAAGGAGAGUUCCCUCAGAAUGGUAUUCCUUUCUGGCACGCCAUCAAGGACAACACUGAUCUAGACUUGGCUUCAGUCAACUAUUCUGUCUUCGGUCUUGGUGACAAGCACUACUGGCCUCGUAAGCAGGACAGAGUGUACUACAACAAGCCAGCCAAGGACUUGGAUCGCAAGAUCGACAGCUUCGGUGCCAAGCGUCUCGCCGAGAUUGGUCUCGGCGAUGACCAAGAUCCCGAUGGUUUCCAGACGGGAUACUCAGACUGGGAACCUCGGCUCUGGCAAUCUCUCGGCGUCGCCAACAUCGAGGGUCUUCCCGACGAGCCGCCGCCGAUCACCAACGAGGACAUGAAGAUUGCGUCUAACUUCUUGCGUGGCACCAUUGUCGAGGGGUUGAAUGACCUGUCCACCGGUGCUAUUUCGGCCUCCGACCAGCAGCUCACCAAGUUCCAUGGUACCUACAUGCAAGAUGAUCGUGAUGUUCGUGACGCGCGCAAGGCCCAAGGUCUUGAGCCCGCUUACUCCUUCAUGAUUCGUUGCAGACUGGCUGGUGGCGUUUCCACACCCAAGCAAUGGGUUCAGAUGGAUGACAUCAGCAACGAGCUGGGUAACGAGACGAUGAAGCUUACCACCAGACAAACAUUCCAGUUCCACGGUGUCAUUAAGGGCAAACUCAAGCCCGCCAUGCAGGCCAUUAACCGCGCAUUAAUGACUACUAUUGCCGCUUGUGGUGAUGUAAACAGAAAUGUCAUGUGCAGCUCCCUACCUACUCAGUCCAAGUAUCACAGACAAGUUUACGCCGUCUCACAGAAGAUCAGCGACCAUUUGCUACCAGCUACUACGGCUUACCAUGAGAUCUGGCUGCAAGAUGACAAGGAGAAGAAGCUUGUUGCUGGUGAUGCUGUCCAGGACUUUGAGCCUCUUUACGGACCCACUUACCUGCCAAGAAAGUUCAAGAUCACCAUUGCCAUUCCUCCCCACAACGAUACCGAUGUCUAUGCACAUGAUGUAGGUCUGAUUGCUAUUAAGGGCGAAGACGGCACCCUAGCUGGUUUCAACGUUCUUGCUGGUGGUGGUAUGGGUGCCACUCACAACAACAAGAAGACUUAUCCCCAGACCGGUCGCAUGAUGGGUUAUGUCAGAGCCUCGGAGGCACACAUUGCCUGCGAGAAGAUCAUGCUGGUUCAACGUGACCAUGGUGAUCGUAAGAACCGCAAGCACGCCCGUCUCAAGUACACCAUUGACGAUCUCGGUGUCGACGUCUUCCGCGGUAAGGUCGAGGCCAUGUGGGGUAAGGCUUUCGAGCCUGAGAAACCCUUCCACUUCCAGAGCAAUAUCGAUACGUUCGGUUGGCAGAAGGAUGAGAACGGUCUCAACCAUUUUACUUUCUUCAUCGAGAACGGUCGUAUCGAGGAUACUGCCGAGUUCCAAAUGAAGACUGGUCUGCGUGAGAUCGCCAAGCUUGACAAGGGCGAGUUCCGCUUGACAGGCAACCAGCAUUUGAUCAUAUCCAACGUGACAGAUGAGGACUUGCCGCAAAUCAAGGAUAUGAUGGCCAAGUACAAGCUUGACAACAUCCAAUUUUCUGGCCUCCGCCUCAGCUCUUCUGCCUGUGUUGCUUUCCCCACUUGCGGUCUUGCUAUGGCUGAGUCUGAGCGUUACCUCCCAGUCCUCAUCUCCAAGCUUGAGGAUUGCCUUGAAGAGAACGGUCUGCGCCAAGACUCUAUUGUCAUGCGUAUGACUGGUUGUCCCAACGGUUGUGCUCGUCCAUGGCUUGCCGAGGUUGCUUUUGUCGGCAAGGCUUUCGGCGCUUACAACAUGUACCUUGGUGGUGGUUACCACGGUCAGCGUCUCAACAAGCUAUACCGAUCCAGCAUCAAGGAGGACGAGAUUCUCGACAUCAUGAAGCCACUGUUGAAGAGGUACGCCACGGAACGUGAGGAGGGCGAGAGAUUUGGUGACUUCUGCAUCCGCGUUGGUGUCAUUGCUGAGACCAAGGGCGGACAGGACUUCCAUAACAACGUAAGUUUUCAUGAAUCUGUUGACGUGUAGUGCACUACUAAUAUGGUCAUAGGUUGCCGAGGACGAGUCCGACGAGGAAUAGACAAACAAAUUCUAUGUGUCAUGAAGAUAUUUGGUCAUGUAAAUAGUCAUCAUAGUCGGCGUUCUCCGGGGCAGGGAGGUAGGCGUUCAAACAGCAUCUGUUAUCAAAUUUAAGAAACUUUUAUUUCAUUUUACAA